UCCUGAGCUCGCGGGGUGCUCCCCGUGUGCCCGCUGGCCCUCCCCGCAGCGUGACCGGGCGCCGUGGCCGCGGGGAGGGGGUCCGCUUCGUCGCCGACGGCGGGAGGCCUCUUCUCCGCGCAGGCCGUCCCCCUCUCUUCCCCUGCCGGUCUUCCGCGCCACGCUCCCUUGUUCGUUCUCGCCCUGCCCGGCUGCACGCCGCCGCCGCAGGCGCCGACGAGCGGAGCGCGAACGCCCCUGCGCCCGGUGCGGCCCGGAGCCCCGCCGCGGAGACUCCGUCUCCACAAUCCGAGCCGCGACGCGCGGCGGCGGCGCCUCGAGCCCAAGCGACCCGUGGCCGCCGGCGCUGGCCGAGGGCGAUGGGGCUGGGCUGAAGAGAGGCGGCGGCGGCGAAAGCGGCCGCCCGGCCCCCUGCGGCCUUUUGGCUGCCCGGGCCGGGAGGCCGCCGAGGAGUCAGCCCGGCGGCGCGGCUGGGAAGGUGUGUGUGACGGGGAGAGGGCGACGGGACCCGGCACCGUCUGGGACCACGUGUGGCUGGCUGGCUGUGGAGGCCUGGAGUUGCAUCCGCUGCGUGCGGCCCGGGCUUGACGGGUCAGCCGCUCGAGAAAGUCUAGAAGGACUGACAGAAGUGUCCUAGGAUCUUGGGUGUCUGGACAUAAGAGCUUUAGGAUAGUCUUAUUCAUCCACCUUGAGCUAAACUACUUCAUGGAACGGAAUUGAAUUACAGUAAAACAACAAGCACCAGCAAGAAAACCAACCUCACAGCCUGUUUUGGGAGUGUGUUAGGUAGGGAGAGGAAGAAUCUCAUCAAGGUUAAAUAGCUCAGACUAGCCUCAGACUCCGGUUAUUCUGAGUGCUGGGAUUACAGUUAUCUUCACCUGUUGUGUGAAGCACAGCACCUAUCAAGCCUCUGUAGAGAUGGACAAAGAAGAAAGGAAGACUAUCAAUAAGGGUCAAGAAGAUGAAAUGGAGAUACAUGGCUAUAACUUAUGCCACUGGAAGCUUGCCAUGGUUUCCAUAGGAGUGGUUUGUACUGGUGGUUUUCUCCUCCUCCUCCUCUAUUGGAUGCCUGAGUGGCGAGUGAAAGCCACGUGCGUUAGAGCUGCAGUUAAAGACUGUGAAGUGGUGCUGCUCAGGACUACCGAUGAAUUUAGAAUGUGGUUUUGUGCAAAAAUUCGCUUUCUUCCUCUGGAAAAUCAACCAAAUUUUAACGCAAAAUCUGUAGUUAAUAAGGUUUCUAAUGGCCAUGCUGUUCAUUUAACUGAUAAUCUGCCUGAAGAAAACAGAUGCGAGAUGAAUAAAUACUCACAGACUCAGUCCCAACAGAUGCGUUAUUUCACCCAUCAUAGCAUAAAAUAUUUCUGGAAUGAUACCAUUCACAAUUUUGAUUUCUUAAAGGGACUGGAUGAAGGUGUUUCUUGUACAUCAAUUUAUGAAAAGCAUAGUGCAGGACUGACAAAGGGGAUGCAUGCCUACAGAAAGUUGAUUUAUGGAGUAAAUGAAAUUGCUGUGAAAGUGCCUUCUGUUUUUAAGCUUCUAAUUAAAGAGGUUCUCAAUCCAUUUUACAUUUUCCAGCUGUUCAGUGUUAUCCUAUGGAGCAUUGACGAAUACUAUUACUAUGCUCUAGCCAUUGUGAUCAUGUCCAUAGUAUCUAUUAUAAGCUCACUAUAUUCCAUUAGAAAGCAAUAUGUUAUGUUACAUGAUAUGGUGGCAACUCACAGUACCGUGAGAGUUUCAGUUUGCAGAGUAAAUGAAGAAAUAGAAGAAAUCUUUUCUACAGACCUUGUGCCUGGAGAUGUCAUGAUCAUUCCAUUAAAUGGGACAGUCAUGCCUUGUGAUGCAGUACUUAUUAAUGGUACUUGCAUUGUAAAUGAAAGCAUGUUAACAGGGGAAAGUGUUCCAGUGACAAAGACUAACUUGCCAAAUCCUUCAGUGGAUGUAAAAGGAACGGGGGAGGAGUUGUACAGUCCAGAGACACACAAGAGACACACUCUGUUUUGUGGGACAACUGUUAUUCAGACCCGUUUUUACACUGGAGAACUUGUGAAAGCCAUAGUAGUUAGAACAGGAUUUAGUACUUCCAAAGGACAGCUUGUUCGUUCUAUACUGUAUCCCAAGCCAACUGAUUUUAAACUCUAUAGAGAUGCCUACUUGUUUCUGCUGUGUCUUGUGGUGGUUGCUGGCAUUGGGUUUAUCUACACAAUCAUCAAUAGCAUUUUAAAUAAGAAAGAAGUUCAGGAAAUAAUUAUUAAGUCUCUUGAUAUCAUUACAAUUACUGUGCCACCUGCACUACCUGCUGCAAUGACUGCUGGAAUUGUAUAUGCUCAGAGAAGACUGAAAAAAGUUGGGAUUUUCUGUAUCAGUCCCCAAAGGAUAAAUAUCUGUGGACAGCUGAAUCUCGUUUGCUUUGAUAAGACUGGAACUCUUACCGAAGAUGGUUUAGAUCUCUGGGGAAUUCAGCGAGUGGAAAAUACCCGAUUUCUUUUACCAGAAGAUAAUGUUUGCAGUGAGAUAUUGGUAAAAUCUCAAUUUGUUGCUUGUAUGGCUACUUGUCAUUCACUUACAAAAAUUGAAGGUGUUCUUUCUGGUGACCCACUUGAUUUGAAAAUGUUUGAAGCCAUUGGAUGGAUUUUGGAAGAAGCAACUGAGGAAGAAACAGCACUUCAUAACCGAAUCAUGCCCACUGUGGUUCGUCCUUCCAAACAGCUGUUUCCUGAAUCUACAGCUGUAGGAAACCAAGAAAUGGAGAUGUUUGAACUUCAGUAAGCUGUUUAUGAGAUAGGAAUUGUUCGACAGUUCCCAUUUUCUUCUGCUUACAACGGAUGAGUGUGGUUUGCAAGGAAACUAGGUGACAAGAAAAUGGAUGCCUACAUGAAAGGAGCCCCCGAGGGUUAUUGCCAGUCUUUGUAACCUGAAACAGUUCCAAUUGAUUUUGAGAAAGUCUUGGAAGAUUAUACCAAGCAAGGCUUCCGUGUGAUAGCUCUUGCACACAGAAAAUUGGAGUCAAAACUGACGUGGCAUAAAGUACAACAUAUUAGCAGAGAUGCCAUUGAAAACAACAUGGAUUUUAUGGGAUUGAUUAUAAUGCAGAACAAAUUAAAACAGGAAACCCCUGCAGUACUUGAAGAUUUGCUAAGCAACAUUCGAACUGUCAUGGUCACAGGUGAGUGUGACUCUGAAGUGACAAACAUGUUGACGGCUGUCUCUGUGGCCAGUGACUGUGGAAUGAUUCUACCUCAGGAUAAAGUUAAUGCUGAAGCAUUACCUCCAAAGGAUGGGAAAGUUGCCAAGAUCAAUUGGCAUUAUGCAGACUCCCUGACACAGUGUAAUGAAUCAUCAGCAAUUGACUCAGAGGCUAUUCCAAUUAAACUUGCCCAUGAUAGUUUAGAGGAUCUUCCAUCAACUCGCUAUCAUUUUGCGAUGAAUGGAAAGUCAUUUUCAGUGAUACUGGAACAUUUUCAAGAUCUUGUUCCUAAGUUGAUGUUACAUGGCACCGUGUUUGCUCGAAUGGCACCAGAUCAGAAGACACAAUUGGUAGAAGCCUUGCAAAAUGUAGAUUACUUUGUUGGGAUGUGCGGGUGAGGUGUGAUGGUGGCAAAUGAUUGUGGUUGGUAAGCUUUGAAGAGGGCAAUGGUGGCAUUUCCUUGGUCUGAGCUUGAAGCUCUGUGGCAUUCUCCUUUUACUUCUAAGACACCUAGUAUUUCCUGUGUGCCGAACCUCAUCAGGGAGGGCCGUGCUGCUUUAAUGACAUCUUUCUGUGUGUUUAAAUUUAUGGCAUUAUACAGCAUCAUACAAUACUUCAGUGUUACUCUCCUGUAUUCUAUCUUGAGUAACCUGGGAGACUAGUUUCUCUUCAUUGAUCUGGCAAUCAUUUUGGUAGUGGUAUUUACGAUGAGUUUGAAUCCUGCCUGGAAAGAACUUGUGGCACAGAGGCCACCUUCGGGCCUUAUAUCUGGGGCACUCCUCUUCUCCGUUCUUGUCUAGAUUGUCAUCUGUGUUGGAUUUUCAGUCACUGGGCUUUUUCGGGUCAAGCAGUAUAAAGUGUGUGAUCCCCAUAUUCAGAGUAAUGUUUGUAAUACAACAAGAAGCGCGUGUUGGAACUCAUCGCAUUUGUACAACGGAACUGAACUUGAUACGGUAAAAAUACAAAAUUAUGAAAAUCCACCAGUAUUUUUUAUCUCCAGUUUUCAGUACCUCACAGUGGCAGUUGCCUUUUCAAAAGGAAAACCAUUCAGGCAGCCUUGCUACAAGAUUUAUUUUUUUGUUAUAUCUGUGAAUUUGUAUGUUUUCAUACUGUUCAUCAUGUUGCAUCCAGUUGCCUCUGUUGACCAGCUGUUAGAAAUUGUAUGUGUACCAUACAGUGGCGUUAUACAUAUGCUUAUCAUUGUUCUUAUCAAUGCCUUCGUGUCUAUCACAGUAGAGGAGUCAGUGGAUCGGUGGGGAAAAUGUUGCUUGUCCUGGGCCUUGAGCUGCAGAAAGAAGACACCAAAAGCAAAAUAUAUGUACCUGGCACAGGAGCUCCGAGAUGACCCUGAAUGGCCACCUAAGCCUCAGACCACGACGGAAGCCAAAACUGUAGUAAAGGAGAAUGGAUCAUGUCAGAUCAGCACCAUAGCAUAGCAGAGACUGUCUCUGCUGUGCGAGUGACAGUAUUCAGGAGGAUGUGAUGCUGGGUGUCAGAACGGCACUGUUUCAGUUUAUAUCCCUCUUAUAAGACAGUAGCUGAUUAAAAAAAAAAAACAAAACCAGUAAAACGGCAUUUGCCUCACAGUUAUUAACUAUCAGUCUGGCUAGAUCUUCAUGCAGUAACCUAAAUAUGAUAUACACUUUAUAUUGGGUAUGAGACAGCUGUUAGGUUUUUUUAAAUUUUUUAGCUUUGGACACUAGUCUGCCUCUUUUAAAUUUAAUUUUUACAAACCCCUUAUUAGCUAGUUCCUUUUAUAUAUAGACCCUAAAUUGGGACUGUUAAAAAUUUAUGGUUGUAAUUGUGAUUAGCCUUCAGUGAAAAUAGGUUGGAAGUCUGUUUUUUGAUUCCAGUGUUUCUCCCAAAGAAUUCUAUGUUAAACACAUACCAGUUUCUGAAGGAGUGAGUUUGUGUGUUAUUGUUGGUUGAGCAUCUCAGGUAACUUCCAUUCUGGUUUUAUAUUCUGUGUGUAGACUGCCUAGGUGUCACUUUCUAGCCAGCAAGGUGCUUCACUGCUGUCUUGAUAGCCUUUGUAACAGUUGUGGGUCUCAUGCCGUGUCUGACAUCAACAGCCCAGUUGGCCUCAUUAAAAACGUUCUUUUUUACUAGAAAAGAUUUAUUUCUGAGUCAGGCAUGGUGAUACAGGCCUGUACUCCUGCACAGGAGGCUGAGGCAGGAGGAGUGUUCUUAGUCCAAGGAUAGCCUAGAGUAGCUAGUAAAGCCCUGUCUCAAUAUACAUGCAUGCAGAGAGGGAUGAUCGUUUCCCUUGGUGGUAGAACUCGCGUCUCUUCAUACCCACUCUUUGUUUUUCUUUCAGGAUUUAUAUCAUUUUAAAUGCUCCCUCUAUUUUUAACCUAAAGGAGUAGGAUAAAUUUGUUUGGUUUGGUUGUUGUUGGUUUGGUUUUUUGAGUUAGAGCUUAACCUUGGUAUAUGGCCUCUCCUUUGGAUAAUGAGGCCUUUAAAGGAAUAAUGAAUGCUGAGUUUGGCUUUUACAAAGCAAUGUGAACUUGAGUAGAGCUUGUUUUCUGCAUUAGGUGGCACCAGAGGUCAGCACAUGCCUGUUUUGUUACAAAUGAGCUUGAGGAAAUAAAGUAUACACAUUUAUUGAGCCAAAGAAAUGUAGAAAGCAUUUUUCACACUUGUGUUUUAUCUGAUUAAUGUUCAAUUCUCAAGGAACUUCCACAAUGCCUUCCUAGGUAGGACUUGGGAGUUUGGCAGUGCCCAUAGUUAUGAUGAACUUGGGGAGCUGGCAUUGCUAUAAAAAUGGACCCUAAUUAGUGAAGCAGUGUGAGGUUAUUCUAUGUUCUUUCUUAGCUAACCACAUGUUACACUUCCACUCGUAGUUGAUCAUACUGUCCCGGUACAUACUUACCAGUUACCCAGAUGUUACCCAGAUUUCUGAACCAUUUUUUUUCUUAUUUUUAUGGUGCAGAGACCUGAAUGAUGUUUUGAUAAUUGUAGAAAAAAAUGUAAAAUAUUCUCAGGAUCACUGUUACUGCUAUUGCCACUAGUGAUUCUUACAAAACACAUAAUUGAAUUUUUCCAACAAAAUGUAUGAUAUUACUAUAUGUUAGAUGAUAAGAACAAUUGUCCCAUGAAUGAUUCUAUGAAGCUAUGCAUCUUAGACCUCUUGAGCUGUGAAUUAGCACUAUUUUCUAUAAUUACUUAUUCUCUGUUUUAUACUGUCCAUGUUCAUUUCAAAUAAUGCUCAUAUUAUUCUUAGUGAUUUUUCUGAAUUGUUAAGUCUUUUUUUUUGGUUUAAUGCAGAAGCAUAUAAUUAAUUUCUAGCUGCAGCUUAGAAUCCCAAUAUCAAUUGUAUUUAAAACAACCUCAAGAGAAUGGUCAUAAAGGCUAUUUUUGACACAUACCCUUUUUAAUAUUUAGAGUUGAUAAGGGGUUUAUAUUUCAUCUGUCCAUGUUGUUUGCAAAGGAAAACAGGAUUUAUGUAGGUGAGAGAAAGCAUUUGUAGGAAGUUAGAUUUGAACAUAGACAGGGUAGGUUGUUCCAGUGAGAAUAUUGUUUGCGGAAUGUCUGUGAGUUCAGAUAUGGGUCCUGCUUAGUACCAUAGGUAGACGGAAGUUUUCUGUAGGUCACCGUCACAUAGAGAUUUGGGUUCUGGAUUUUACAUUAAAUUAUUUGAGUAUAUACAGACCUAGAUUUUAAAAUCUGUACAUAUAUUAUUUGAUGUAUUAAGAUUGAUAAUAUUGCUGAUUUAAAUUUUAUUUAUGCACAUACUUAAAGGACAGAAAUGUCCGGGAAAGUAAUUGUUAAAUAAUGAUAUGUAACUUUUUAACUUUUUAAAUAAAUAAGAUUUUUUAA